AUGUCUCGGUUAAUUCACCAUUCAGCAACAUUUCUUCUUCCUAUAUUGUUCCCUAUAAAUGAGGCAAAGCGGCAGCGAGAAAGCUUUGAAGUGUGUAAUGUUAUGGAACAAAAAAAAAGAUCAAAGGAAAUUAAGUCAGAAAAAAUUAAGGUUGAAUGUUCAGAUCUACGAACUAUUUUUGGCCCUUAA